GCCCAGCCCAUUCUGAAAACCAUAUCGAACAUCAAACCUCAAACAGCAACCUUGCUAGGCCAGACUUAAAACUAAGACCCAAGACAAUAAUUUAAUACAUAGCGAUCAAGAUGUCAACCAUGGAUAUCCCUCAGGACGAAAGAUUUGAAUGCUCUCGAGGACAUCUUCACGAGGGAGUAGAGGCUUACGAUGUCUACUGUAUUCGUGGCUGCCCUGACCAUUGCGGAUGCUACCAGUAUAACUCUAAGAGUGGUCGCAAAAUACAACAGCUUGCACGGCGAGAAAGAAGAGUGUCCGAAAAGGAAAAAUGGCUGUCUGAAGAGGAAGCUCGACUUGAUAACAUGAGCCUGUUGCUUGAAGCUCGGAACAGUGUGGUCUCAAUAAGAGAGGCAGCAGUUAGAAUAUCAGAAGAAGGAUUCGAGAGAAAGAAAAAUGAGCUCCUUGCGACUGAAAGUCGGUUUGAUACAAUCCAAGAUUGGUGCGAAAAUACAUCGACUUGUGCUCAAGAUGGCUCAUCGUCUGGUUCUUAUGAAAGGGGGUCCCGUUCUGAUAGUAAUGGCUCGUUUCAACCUACCCGUGAGCUAGUUUUGGGACAGAUACCCCGUCGUCGCCGUUCAUUCCAUAGUGACCAUUCAAUGCGGCGACAUAACGCGCCAAAUUGUAGAAGGAUAUCCGGUUCUGUCAGUCAAGGUUACCGUCAUCGUCAAGAUUCGAAUCAACCUACUAUACGGAUAAUACCUCUAGAUGCUGAUCUGCACUCAGUACCAAAUGACUCGGGUAAUUAUUAUGAGUAAUAAAUUCCACUCAAUAAGGUUUCCUCGCCGUAAUAACCCUCA